CGCCGCCGCCCGCUCGCCGUCCCCCGGCCCCGCCCCCCGAGCGCCGAGCUCUGUCGGCUCCCGGGGUCGAUAGGUCUCCGGGUAUUUACCGGCCAGUUUGCUACCAUGCCGCUGUACGAGGGCCUGGGAAGCGGCGGGGAGAAAACGGCGGUCGUGAUAGAUCUGGGAGAAGCUUUUACCAAAUGUGGAUUUGCUGGAGAAACUGGUCCAAGAUGUAUAAUUCCCAGUGUGAUAAAAAAAUCUGGCAUGCCUAAGCCUAUCAGAGUUGUACAAUAUAACAUCAAUACAGAAGAACUAUAUUCCUACCUAAAGGAAUUCAUCCAUAUACUGUAUUUCAGGCAUCUAUUGGUGAAUCCCAGAGACCGCAGAGUUGUGGUUAUCGAGUCUGUAUUAUGUCCUUCCCACUUCAGAGAGACACUCACUCGUGUUCUUUUCAAGUAUUUUGAGGUUCCGUCUGUCUUGCUUGCUCCAAGUCAUCUAAUGGCUCUUCUUACACUUGGGAUAAACUCUGCCAUGGUCCUAGAUUGUGGAUAUAGGGAGAGCCUGGUGUUACCUAUAUAUGAAGGAAUCCCAGUACUAAAUUGUUGGGGAGCACUCCCCUUAGGAGGAAAAGCUCUUCACAAGGAGUUGGAAACUCAACUGUUGGAACAAUGUACUGUUGACACAGGUGCUGCUAAAGAACAGAGCCUUCCAUCUGUGAUGGGUUCAAUUCCAGAAGGUAUCUUGGAGGAUAUUAAAGUGCGUACUUGCUUUGUUAGUGAUCUGAAGCGUGGACUAAAUAUCCAGGCAGCAAAAUUUAAUAUUGAUGGGAAUACUGAGCGUCCCUCACCACCCCCAAAUGUUGACUACCCAUUAGAUGGAGAGAAGAUUUUACAUGUCCUUGGAUCAAUCAGAGAUUCUGUUGUGGAGAUCCUUUUUGAGCAAGAUAAUGAAGAGAAAUCAGUUGCCACUUUAAUAUUGGAUUCCCUUAUGCAGUGCCCAAUAGACACCAGGAAGCAGCUAGCAGAGAAUUUGGUAGUCAUAGGUGGCACGUCUAUGUUGCCAGGUUUCCUUCACAGACUACUUGCAGAAAUAAGGUAUUUGGUAGAAAAACCAAAAUAUAAAAAAACGCUUGCCACCAAGACAUUCCGAAUUCAUACUCCACCUGCAAAGGCUAAUUGUGUAGCAUGGCUGGGAGGAGCUAUUUUUGGAGCACUUCAAGACAUACUUGGGAGCCGUUCAGUCUCAAAGGAUUAUUAUAACCAGACAGGCCGUAUACCUGAUUGGUGUUCUCUUAAUAAUCCACCUUUAGAAAUGAUGUUUGAUGUUGGGAAGAAUCAGCCUCCUCUGAUGAAGAGAGCAUUUUCCACUGAGAAAUGAAAGUCUGAUUAAAAUUCAGCUUUGCUUCUUUUCAAGUAUCUCAUCAAUUAGAAGCAAAUUGUACAAAGUAUAUAGAAUGCUGUUAGAGACGACUUUAGUAGAAGUGAAAGCAUUUCUGUAAUUAUUUGUCACAUUAAUAUUUAAUCAUUUUGACUGGUUUCUCUUGUGUAAUGGUAGAAUGGUAGCUGAUGCUUAUGAAAUUAGUUAUAUUUAUAUCAAUAAAAUAUACUAAAGCGGU